GCACUGUGGGCUGUCAUAUAGAUGUAUCUCUGUUCAGCUACUUUUUAUAAAAAGAAUACUAUGUAUGCAAACAUGCACGGCCAUACUUGAUCCAAAUGUUAGUGACGUGGGCGUACAUCUUCAGAUUAUGACAUGCAACUCUUUACGCCGCAUAGACACGUCGGUUUUUAUAGUUUAUUCGUGUUUAUUGGAGCGCAUCAACAAAGGAUGUAGUUACAAAACAAACUGAAGCGAAAUGCAUGCGUUUAAAAGUGAAACAAAAAAAGAUCUGCGUUUGUUCUGAACGUAAAUUUAGAUUUGACUGUCAAGAGGAGUUUCGAUUGUCGCUGUUCAAAUUCAAGUUCAUCUCAAGUCAAGUGCAUUAUGGAGAAAUGCGUGAUAGCCGUCGAGGAAAACCAAAACGAUAUCGUCAAGACACAUUCGUGUUUCGAGAGGACGUUUUCAUCCAUGACAGUGGACGAUGUGUAUGAUAUCGCUAAAGCGGUGGGGGCAGAAGUGGAGAAGCUCAUCGACAACCAUGGAAAGUCGAGUGUGGAGGGUUUGGUGUCUCACAUAGUCAAAGUUUUGGAGCUCCUGGAGAGUUUCGCGGCAAGAAACCAAGAUCAUAAAUGUAAGGAAGAGGAACUAUUGAAGGCGUUUGAGACGUUACAGAUACAGCAGCAGAAGAAACGACAUGUGAAGGAGUGUGAUGAGUCCAGCAACAGUAAUGUUACAGAGAGUGGGGACUGGCAUCAGAAGGAGAAGAAACUGAAGGUAAACGUAGAAGUGUUACAGUCCCAGGUGCAACAGCUCAAGAAAGAGAAUCAGGAGCUUCUGGCCCGCUUACAAUGCACACACUCCAAAGAAGACCGCACACAGCGUCAGGAACGAGAGGUGAUGCUCAAGCUGAAGGAAGUGGUGGAUAAGCAACGUGAUGAGUUAAGAGCGAAAGGGCAGGAGAUUUCCAGCAUGUCCAAGGAAGUGGAAGCGCUCCAGGAGCAGCAGGAGCGACUAAUGAAGAUAAACGCAGAGCUCAGACACAAGCAGAACAUCAUACAGACUCAGCUGAAGAGUGCAGUGGAGAGGAGGGCCGACCUGGAGGCCGACCUGUGCGAGAAACAGAAAGAGAUAGAGCGCCUGAACUCACAAUUAGAAAGAGCCAGCGUACAUACUGCUGCUGAAACGAGCAGUUCAGCCAUAGACCUCACAGAUAAGAUGAUCAUUGACUUGAAGGAUCCAAAUCGACCGCGUUUUACCAAGCAGGAAGUACGAGACUUGCUUUUUGAGAAGAAUGAGUUGAAGGCCAAUCUCUUUCUGGUCAAAGAGGAGCUUGCAUAUUACCAAAGGGAAAUCCUGAAUGAUGAGAGAUGCCCAGGGUUCUUACUGGAUGCCGUGCGCUCUGCCAUAAAGAAGCAGAGGACCGUUAUAAAGUCUAAAAUGCUUGGCAUACCCGUUAGCGAAUGUAGAACAGAUGAGACAGAUGGUCCUUUAUUUGGUUUCCUGACGCCGUCCAGUCUUACUAGGAGCUCUGGUUCUCAGCCUUCCGGCCUUCCAACAUCCAGCUCCACAUGGGAAAUCCUUGAUCCAGACGAGCAAGGAGGCGAGGAGGAGACACAGACCCUCAGCUCCUCUUGAGAACCACCGCAACUGCCACUCAUCUUCACCUGGGUUGGAAGAGAGAAGUUCAAAAUAUGUUCUUUAUUUGAUUUAGGUUUCAAACCGGAGAACGGACUAUUCUUGUAUUUGGUUAUACAAACAUAGUAUUAAUAGUUGUUGCCUAAGCUGACCUUUUUCUCAAUAUAAAAUCAUUCAGCACUUGGCUUUUGUUAAUUAGCUGAUAGCUAGAUUUGUCUGAUGGUCACUCAGUGUCACAGAUGACCUGAAGAUGAGAUCAGAUUGUGUCAGUCAUAUACAUAUUGUUAUUGUUUGUUGUUUACCAUUAAAAAAUGU